CCCCGAGUCAUCUGGGUCGGGUAUUCGGAUGGAGAGCGAAACACGCAGAGCUUCAGAAGAUAACGCUCGCGCUUCCGCAAAGUCUGGAGAUAAAUUUUCUUGCUUGCUGAGUUCUCUGUGUCGAUCAACAAUGGCCAGCGUCUCGGCAUUCGUCGCUUCCCACUCCAUCGUCAACCCCGCAGUAUCUCCAAGAAAACCCAGAUUGCUUUUUGGCCUCCGCGCGCGGAGCCUUCAAUUUCAAGUUCAGGCGCGAAAGAAGGUCGCUUCUGUGAGCCGCUGGUCGUCGAGCGAGCGACAUCGGAGCCGCCGGAUGAGGAUACUGAGGUCGUCGGAGGAAGAGGAAGCUCCGGUCGCGGAGGCACGGGUCGAAGAAGAUGCUUCUGCUUCUUCUUCUUCUUCUUCUUCAGCAGCUGCUGAACAACAGACGGUCUCGGUCCCGGUCUCGCCCUCCGACACUCUGACCAUGUUCUUUCAGGCAGAGGGUACAAUGAGCGAAUCAGCCAUCCCAGCGGUGACAACUGCGUUGGAGGGAGCUGAGGGCAUUGCAACUUUGAAGGUUCAAGUUGUCGAAGGCAUUGCCAGUGUUGAGUUGACGAAACAGACGACUAUACAAGCCACAGGGGUGGCUUCCAGUUUGGUCGAGACCAUACAAGGUGUGGGAUUCAAGUUACAAACAUUGAAUUUGAGCUUCAAAGAGGAAGAGGAGGUCCUUGUCUAGAUCUUUGAACUCUGAACCGUUAGGCAUAUCUUUCAAGUUCUGCUGAGAUUCUCGGCCCCUGAUGUGCCUCUUCUGAAAUUGACAUGUGCUGUUAUCGUUUUAAAAUGCUGGCGAAUUCAGAUCUUAAAAGAGCUGUUCUCUAACAUGGCCAAUUACUGUCGUUAUGUCGGUUCGCAUGCAUUGAAUUCACGAUUGUCAUUAUACCGA